AUGGUGCGGCGGCGCGACGCCGGCGAGGAGCAGCUCGGCGGGUCGCACUACAGCUGGGACGACCGGUGCGGCCUCGGCGGGUUCCUCUGCUACGAGUACGGCUCGGACAGCGACACGGCGACGAACAUGGCGCACAACAUCUUCGUGGCGCUGCUCAUCGCCUGGGCCGUCGCCGUCGUCUGCGGCUACGCGGCCAAGGCCGGGGGCCGCACGCGCUGGAGCUUCUACUGGGUCGGGGCGCUCAUGGUCGCGCUCUGCUGCGUGCAGUACUACUUCGUGUUCCUCGCGGCGAACACGCUCCCGCCGUCGGCGGCGGCAGACUACAUCCGCCGCUACGACUGCAUGUACAGCAACAAGGGCGGCAAGCGCAACAAGGACGGCGACAAGAACCGGCCCCUGACGAACCUGAACCCCUGCUGGUGCCACGAGCACGCCAUCUGCCUCGACGCGGCCACGGGCGACGAGAUCCACCACUCGGCGUGCCCGACGGACGGGUCCGCGUACUGCUACGAGGGCAACGGCGACCGCGUGUCGCUGAACCUCGGCAAGCGCGUCGUGUCCACGGAGCGCGACUGCUCCUACGGCCGCAGCGCCAAGUGCUCCAAGGAGCAGCCCUGCACGCCGUGCGAGGCCGACAGGGCCGUCCUCUUCGACGACUCGAGUUACUGCAACCUGUGCUCCGACAUCAACCGGGGCAGGUGCGACUUCGUGCCGGGCGUCGGGCCCUACUGCUACGUCGAGCCGGGCUCCGCCGCCGUCGAGCCCUGCGGGCUGUGCUGCACGCACCUCGAGCCGUUUUUCGAGGUCGUGAUCCCGACGGACGCGCCCUCGACCUACGGCCCCACGCCCUACUCCGAGGCGCCGACGGCGCCGGCGAGCCCGACGGCGACGGCCCGCCCCAGCGCGACGUUCAGCCCGUCGAGCUCGGGGCCCACCGCGAGCGCCGCGCCGACGGCGAGUGCCGCGCCCGCGGCGGGCCCGUCCGCGGCCCCGACGACGGCGGCCCCCACGACGGCGGCCCCCACGUCCGUCCCCACGACGGCGGGCCCGACGGCGCUCCGGGAGGCCCUCCGGCGCCGGCUCCACGAGACGACGUCGUCGGACGCGACGCUGUCGCCGUCGAGCGUCCGGGACUGGAGCGCCAACUACACGCACUGCGCCAUCGCGACGAACGACGACUGGGGCAAGGGCACGCCGAAGCGCCCCAUCUCCGGGCGCGGCUAA